ACCGAGUUGAAUUCCAUCAUGUGUUAUCGUAUCAAUGAUCAAAUUUUUUUUUUUUUCUGGAAAAUGUAAAAACCCGAAAUCAGUGAUUAUAAGAUUUCCUUUUUUUUAUUAUCUGAUUAUCUGUUACGAAUCUUUGGUGUUGAAAGUUAAAAGUUCCGAUAAUAGACUAGAAAAGUAUAACAAGGUUUGAACGUUAAUGGUUAGUUGGUUACCUCUAACCAAAAAUUGAUAAUCAUCAGUUCAUGAAACAUGUUUCGAAUAAAUAAAUUUACAAAUAACGAAUGGUAGAAUUACAAUUUCAAAUUAUUUAAUUAAAACUAGUAGUUAAUAAAAGAGAAAAUUUGUCACAGUUGAGGAAAUCCCGAAUGUAAGAAAUCCCGAAACCAAAUGUAAGAAAUCCAAAAUGUCCAAAAUGUAAGAAAUCCAAAAUUUAUCCUAAUAUGUAUUUCAAUUAUUAUUAUUUUAAAUAAAGAAAUAAAAAAUGCCAAGGAAUUACACAGUAAAUAAAUUUCAUAUAAUAUAUAUAUAUAUAAAAUAAAUAAAAUAAAUAAUAAGU